AUGAAAUCUUUGAGCAGUGUAGGGGUUGGUUUGAGCAUAGUUUUCGUUGUUCUGUUCUUAGCUUUGAUUGCCGAGUUGUAUUACCUGCUAUGGUGGAAGAAGAGAUUGACAACCAACUCAGUAGACAUUGAGAAUGAUUACAACAGCUCAGCAACCGAGCUGUUCUACAUGUUUUGCUGGAAGAAAUCAGCACCGAGUCCACACGGAAUCCAACGACAGCCGUCUCAUCAUAUUAAUCAUAGUCUCCAGUCCAACAAGGAUUUGUUCUUCAAGCCCUAUGGUGAUGAUGAUGAUGGUUUGGGGCCACCAGGGUUAUUGUUCACCAUUGUUGAAGAAACAAAGGAGGACUUGGAGUCUGAGGAAGGUGUGGUUUUCUGUGUUGAAACACCAUAUUUGACACCACUUGCUUCACCUCCAUUCUUGACACCUCCUCUAACUCCAUUAGAGGCUGCUUGUGGAGCAUUCGACCCUUUGUUUAAAUCAUCAAACGGUGGAGAUUUAGACACGUCAUCAUCAUCUUCUUCACCUCCUUCAAAGUUCAGGUUCUUGCAGGAAGCUGAGGGGAAGCUCCAUAGGAAGAAGAAGAUUGUACAUUAA